AUGCCUGCUGUGAUAAUCUUCUUUCAUCUACGCCCAAUCGAAACACCGUCGGUGCCAGCGGAAGAUCGCUAUACUGUUUCCAGCCUUGCGAUCCCUAAUUGCUACCGUCUUGUUGUUCGCUAUGGCUACAACGACGAGAUCAUCACGCCUAAUUUGGCAAACACCAUUACUCAGCAGGUUCGCAGGUACUUGAUUGCGAGAACUUGUGAUCAAGCCGAUCUACCCACAUGCACACCUGACACAAUCACCAACAAGAGUCAUGCUAGCUCUGUACAACGGUCUACAACAUCUGCAACGGGGGAGUCUUCCACGGCAGACGGAGGGCGAUAUGAUGCUUCAUUGGCAAGACUAGAAGACGCGUACAGCCAUGGGGUCAUUUAUAUCACCGGUAAGGAGCAAAUGAAGAUCAAGAAGAGUAAGAAUUACUUUCGGAAAAUAGUCUUGUGGAUCUUUUUGUGGAUCCGUGAAAAUACAAGGGCGAAAAUUGCAUCUCUUGGAUUAGAAACGGAAAAGGUUAUUGAAGUUGGCUUUCUCAAAGAUAUAUAG